CAAUUUCUUCCCAAUGCAAAAUUGACAGUUCACCGGAUUAAACAUGGCGUCCAUCCUCAAAUUGUCCAAAUCCGUGGCAAAAUUAUCAAAAAAUGGAAACAUAAUACAGGCUACUAAAACUUUACGAAACGCAUCAACUGCUGCCGAACAGAAGCAUGUUGUGCUGAAUGUACCUCCUACAAAUGUUACCACAUUAGAUUCAGGUAUUAGGGUAGCUACCGAAGAUUGGGGCUCACAUACUGCCACGGUCGGGAUUUGGAUUGACGCAGGCAGUCGGUAUGAGAACGCGAAGAAUAAUGGAGUUGCCCACUUCAUGGAACAUAUGGCUUUUAAGGGGACAGGCAAAAGAAACCAAACCCAACUCGAGAUCGAAAUCGAAGACAUGGGCGCCCAACUCAACGCCUACACCAGCCGGGAGCAAACAGUCUACUAUUCCAAAUGCCUCUCCAAAGACGUACCCAAAGCCAUCGAAAUCCUGGGCGACAUCGUCCAAAACGCCAAACUCGGCGAGGCCGAGAUCGAACGCGAACGCAGCGUCAUCCUCCGCGAGAUGCAAGAAGUGGAAUCCAACCUCCAGGAAGUCGUCUUCGACCAUUUGCACGCCAUCGCCUACCAAGGCACACCGUUGGCCAACACCAUCCUUGGACCUACAGCCAACAUUCGUUCCAUUAACGCCAACGACUUGAGGUGCUACCUCGAUAACCACUACAAAGCCUGUCGAAUCGUCGUCGCGGGAGCCGGAGGGGUCAACCACGACGAGUUGGUCAAGUUGUGCCAGCAGCACUUGGGGAAACUGAACAACACCUACCCGGAUGAGAUCCCGAUUUUGGCUCCGUGCAGGUUCACGGGUUCCGAAAUUCGUGUCCGGGAUGACUCGCUUCCGUUGGCUCAUAUCGCGAUAGCUGUGGAAGGUGCGGGAUGGACGGACCCAGAUACCUUGACUUUGAUGGUAGCGUCGACUUUGUUGGGUGCGUGGGAUAGGUCCCAGGCUUCGGCGAAGCAGAAUGCCACUACUUUGGCUAGAGCUAGUGCGGAGGGUGAACUCUGCCACUCGUACCAAAGCUUCAACACCUGCUACAAGGACACUGGUCUCUGGGGCAUUUACUUCGUCUCUGACCCCCUGAAGAUCGAAGAUAUGGUCUACAACAUCCAGGAAGAACUGAUGAGGUUGGCAACCAGCGUGACGGAAGGCGAAGUAGAGCGGGCCAAGGCUCUCUUGACAGCAAAUACUCUUCUGCAAUUGGACACUUCUACCGCGGUUUGCGAAGAUAUCGGACGGCAGUUGUUGUGUUAUGGAAGGAGGUUGCCUCCUCAUGAGUUGAGUCAUAGAAUUAACUCAAUAACUGCCCAGAACGUCAGAGAUGUGUGCUACAAGUACAUUUAUGAUAGAUGUCCAGCGGUUGCAGCAGUAGGACCUGUGGAACAAUUGCCCGAUUACAAUAGGAUUCGCAGCUCCAUGUACUGGUUGCGUGUCUAAAUUUAUUUAUCAUCUAAAUUAAUUCAGAUAGUAAGUAUUGUUCACGAGAAAAAUUGAAAUGUAAAUAAGUGUCAAGAAGAUUUCGUUCCGUUUUUGUUAAUUUAAUAAAUGUUCACAACCUGA